AUGUCAACUACAGAAUCAAUUAGUGACUCUACGAUUGCCGAGCCAAUGACCAUUCCGAUCGACAAGAUCUCGAGCCGAGUUGAAAACAAAGAGGUAGCAGAGGUUGCAGAGAUAUCAGAAAAGACUGAAGGAGAUGUUCGCCCGAUCAAAGGCUUUCGUUGGAUUCUUGUAUGCAUCUCGCUAUACAUCACCUGCUUCCUCUAUGGCCUUGAUACAACAAUCGCAGCGGAUGUUCAGGGGUCUGUAGUUGAAGCACUCGGACACAUAGAACAGCUCGCUUGGAUAGGGGCCGGCUUUCCACUUGGAUCCGUUGCAGUUAUCGUACCGCUCACGGCUGCCUUUACCAACUUUAAUCUAAAAUGGACGUUCAUUGUCACAGUCAUCAUCUUCGAAGUUGGUUCUGUUCUCUGCGGUGCGGCUCCGAAUAUGAACGCCAUGAUUAUCGGUCGAGUCAUUGCUGGAAUGGGCGGAACCGGUAUCUAUCUUGGUUGCCUCAACUAUUUUUCAUCUUUAACAACUCCCAAAGAACGUGGGACUUACAUUACCCUGAUUGGAUUUUGUUGGGGCAUCGGGGCAGUUCUUGGUCCAGUUGUCGGUGUGAUAGGUGGUGCUUUAACACCUAUCUAUCUUUUCCUAUUACCACCACUGCAUCCUGUCAAAGGUGUCUCAAUCCGAACUAGACUUUUACGUCUUGACUUCGUCGGAUUCAUCCUCGGAGCAGCUGUGUGGGCGACAUUUGCACUAGCACUAACAAUGGCUGGUGGACAAUGGCCAUGGAAUGAUGGAAGAACUAUCGCCAUGUUCGUCGUAUUUGGCGUUUUGGUGAUUGGAUAUGCCUUACAACAACGCUUUUGCAUAUUCACCACCCCAGAGACGCGUUCGUUCCCCAUAAAGCUACUCUUCACCCGCACUCACUUGUUGCUAUAUGUGGCCAUGUCGGCUAAUAGCGCAACAAUGUUUGUUUUUCUUUAUUUCUUCCCUAUAUACUUCCAAUUUGUUCACAAUGAUACGGCCUUGGAAGCUGCUGUCCGCCUAUUACCAUAUGUCAUCAUCACAGUGACAUUCAACCUCGCAGCCGGCCGUCUACUAUCCAAGGUGAAACGAUAUAUGCCUAUAUAUGUCAUUUCGGGAGUCUUCUUGACGAUUGGUGGCUCAUUUAUGGUUGCUUACCUGAAGCCAUCGACUUCCAUAUCUGUCAUUUAUGGCCUGUCCGUGCUUAAUGCUGUCGGUACUGGUCUCACUCUUCAGAUUGGCUAUGCCGUUGCAUCCCUUGUUGUGGACCCGAAGGAUAUUGGAGACGCCAUUAGCCUGCAAAAUUUUUCACAAAUUGGUUCAAAUCUUAUCUCGCUCGUUAUUGCCGGCCAAAUAUUUCAAUCGGUUGCUGUCAGAAACCUGGAAAAAAGCACAUUGUUUCAGCAGCUCAGCGGCGAGCUGCGUAACCAAGCUGUUCACGCAAUCACUCAGGCCAUUCAGCAGGCUCUAAUCUUGCUGCCAGUGGGAGGUGGUGUCAUACUACUGGCAGCACUAAUCAUGAAACGAGAGCGUCUCUUUGGAGAAAUUGUAGUCGUUGGAGCAUAG